GCAUGCGCAAGAGCGUGCCAGAAGGCGAGGCCGCUGGUGCACAGCUUUCCGACUCCGGGAAAAUCUCCGCGGGCUCCGAUUUGUUUAUGUAUCCGUGAGUGAUGGAAUUUGUACCUUUUACGUCGGUGCCACUGGGAAUCGGAUGAAGCCAUCGUGCGAGCGGAUCAACGAAGCGACCGGGCCUUCGAAGGCGACUGCGACACUCUCGGAAUUCGGUUCACGACGACGCCGAAGAGCAUGAAAAGUGGCGACGACGGUCGGACCGACGUUAGGCCUAGCGCCGUGCUGUGUUUUCUUCCGCCGAAAUAUGGGUUUGUCUUCCCGUCGCUAACGAAAUGAUGUCCAAGCAGGAGGGAAAAACGCACCAAGCGCCGAGCCAAGCGAGAAAAGAGCCGAAUUCCUGGAGCCAAGCCAUCUACGACGCGGUGGUGACGGCCGACGACAACGGAAAUUUGAACUUGAGCGUCGACGGAGGCUCCGACAGGGGCGAUUUCGCCUACUUCAGUUGUGUCAAUUCGGAAAAGGCGAAUUUCCUGAGUGGUCGCAUCGAAGACGGCGACACGAUCUUGGAGAUCCAAGGACACCGUGUGGCCGGAUACACUCGAAACGACGUGCUGUCGCUGCUCAGCUACAGCGCACGAAACGACAGUGCCGUCUCGGUACGAGGCGUCCGAGCAGGGUACCUUACAAAAGACCUGCGGCAGUACCUGAAUACCCGAUUUCAGAAGGGUUCCAUUGACCACGACCUCCAGAACACAAUCAGAGACAACUUGUACUUGCGAACUGUACCUUGCACCACGAGGAGUCCCAGGGAAGGAGAGGUGAACGGGGUCGACUACACUUUCCUGACACUUGAGGAUUUUGUCGCCCUCGACAGGAGUGGAAGCCUUCUUGAAAGUGGAAUAUAUGAGGGGAACCACUACGGCACCCCGCGUCCCCAGGAGGAGGGCCCGUUCCCGGCCCUGCUGCCGGGAGCCCACCCGUCCUCGGAAGGCAAGCGGCGCAGGAACCGCUCCAACGUGGAGGCGAUGACGGCCAAGUCCGUGGCUCAGGACCCGCCCCACGGCACGCUGCAGGACGCCCGCAAUGGCAGCCAUGCACCCCAGGGAGACGGCCCGGCCCACAACUCCCAGGGCAACAACUCCAGAUGUUCCACGCCGGCGUCCGUGGUGCACACCAACGGCGGUGGGGUGGGCGCCCCCAGAGAACAAGGCAACUCGUCCUUUGACCUGGAGCCCCUUCCCGCGUACUGGGAGAAAGCCUACACCGAGGACGGAGAGCCCUACUUCAUCAACCACAAUGCAAACACGUCACAGUGGCAUGACCCAAGGUUGAGUGAAUCUCGAGUCUCUUACGAUGGAGAAUUUGAGCUGCCGUACGGUUGGGAGAGGAUUGACGACCCUCACUACGGAACAUACUACAUCGACCACGUCAACAGGAGGACGCAGUACGAAAGCCCGCUGCCACACACGAAGAUGCAGACAUCCCCUUCGUCUCUCGGAGGCCCUGCCCCGGGCAACGGCAGCCUGGGCGGCACGCUGCCCCUGCGCCCAUCGUCCCCUCAGCCGACGCGGCAGUCUCCCGGCGGCGCGGCCCGCCCCACCCCGCCGCAGUCAAGCCCGGACGCACGGAAGGACGCCCCGUCCUCGGCCGUCCCCCUAACCGCCGCCACCCCCACCCCCCGGCGAACUAACCGUGAGUCGCGCGGCCGUGCCCCCUGCACCCCCCCCUCCCGGCACUCCCCGCUCUUCCCCUGCCUGCCCUGCCUGAACGACGGGGGCAAGCACCCGACUAACGCUUCGCCCCCGUCCUCGGAAGAAGGCGCUUCUUCCGCCGGAGGAGGGACGGGUCCUCCGGCAGGGCCGCCCGCCGUCCCGUCCCCCGGGGAGAAGAGGGCGGAGCGGACAAGUCUGCUCCAGGGGGCCGGGUCGCCCGGCGCCGCUCGGCAGCAGCGAGCCAACGGCGGGAGCCACCUGGGGCCGCCGCCGGCGAGGGGGAGGGGGACUCGCGACGACACUUCCCCUGCUUCCUCCUCCCUCCCCGCCACAGGCCACAAUGACCACCACGGCCGCCUUCCGUACGACUUCACGCGAAACCCGGCGGAGCUGCAGGGCGACAUCAUCCACUCGUCGCUCGUCAAGAGCGCCCGGGGCUUUGGCUUCACCAUUGUCGGGGCGGACGAAAACGACUCGGAAGAGUUCCUCCAGAUCAAGAGCAUAGUGCCCAAUGGACCUGCCUGGGCAGACAGAAAACUCAGGACCGGUGACGUGCUGGUGUACGUGAACGGGGUGUGCGUGCUGGGCUACACCCACCAGGGAGUGGUGUCCCUGUUCCAGUCAAUCUCCCCUGGGGAGAUGGUGCACCUGCAGGUGUGCCGGGGGUACAGCCUGCCCUUCGACCCAGAUGACCCCAACACUGAGAUCGUCACCACCAUGGCCGUCAGCUCUCCUGAUGCCGGUGUAUCGCUCCACCCUCGGCGGCCGGACGACUACCAGGACAUCUACUCGAGCAAGAGCCUGGAAGAGCUGGACGGCGGGGAGUCCCGCACGAGGCCGGCCAAGUCCAUGCCAGACCUGAGCGGGUCGGAGCGGCCCCGGUCGCAGCCACAGCGGCACAACAGCGCCGACCUACUGGCCCCCGGGGGAGGUCCGGACAUACUGGACUUCGGGGCGUCCUCUCCGGUCGGGGGCAAGCCCAGCCAGCCACCCCAGUUCAUCACGGUCGAGAUCGUCAAGGGCACUUCCGGCUUUGGCUUCACCAUCGCCGACAGCGCCUAUGGGCAGAAGGUGAAGAAGAUCCUAGACGAGCCCCGCUGCCAGGGGCUGCAGGAGGGGGACAUCCUGGCGGAGAUAGAGGGGCGGGACGUGAGGGGCCGGCUGCACACGGAGGUGGUGCAGGCCCUGAAGGACUGCCCCGUGGGCCAGGGCGCACGCAUCACCGUGCACCGGGGCAGGCACACGGCCGCCUCCCCAGCCAAGGUCAAGGCACGCGCCGCCAAGGUCCGGCCGUCGGAGGACUUCCUCUCGAAGGGGUCCAACUCCACCUUCUCCCACUUUGCCCUCAAGAGCUACCACUCAGAGGGCUACGUUCCGGCCUACCAGGGCCAGUACCGCAGCAAGACGCCAACGGCCGAGCUGUACAGUUCGCGGGACAAGGAGGCCGUGGUGGUGAGCCGCCCCAAGACACCCCUGGUCGACACGCGCCACUGGACCUCCUCGGAGCAGCACUCCCCGGCCGAUGACGCCCACCCGAACAACAACAGUUCUGUCGACGAGGCCGGGCCAGCGCCUGCAACCACAGCUUCCAGCCCCGCGAAGCCACCUAGGACCGGUCAGUAUGGUGCGUGGUACUUCGAGCCCACUCGGCCGCAGGACUGGGCUAGCCAGAGCUUCCGAGAGGCAAGGCCAGUGAGCCUCGGUCAGCUGCAGCAACAGCAACAGCAGCUUCAGUUACAGCAGCAACAGCAACUUCAACAGCAGCAGCAACAACAGCAGCAACAACAGCAGCAGCAGCAGCAACAGCAGCAACAGCAGCAACAGUCUUCACCGAGGUGGUAUUCUUCAUCCAGGGCAGACUAUGGAACAUCUUCCUUAUAUGGACACAAGGCGGCCAUUAGCAAUCCAACGUCUCCCAUGAACCCACCGUCGGACGAGAGGCCGACCCCGCCGGCCGUGUCCCAGAAGGACUGGUCGGCAUCGACGGCGGACAGUCUGCUUCUCGGCCGGAGCUGGAACUACGGCUCGCCGGACUAUGGCUACUCCCGCGGGCCGUCCCAGCGUGCCGCGCCGGUCCGGUCCCCGCUGUCCCCGGUGUCCCAGCAGCUGAACAACAGCCACAUCAGCACAGGCAGUGGAGGCUUCUACGGCCUGUACGGAUCCCCCACCCUGGACGGCAUCUCGCCCUCGUUCCCUCAGGACGGCAUCUCGGGCAGGAAGCACUCCACCUCGUUUGAGCACGAGCAGCCCGUGACGUCGGCCGCGCUGCGGCAGAACUCGACAGGCUGCGACAGCAGCCACAGCGACGCGGUGGACUUGACGGUGACGCUGCAUCGGCAGGAGAGCGGCUUUGGCUUUCGCAUCGUCGGAGGCACCGAGGAGGGCUCUCAGGUGUCCAUCGGCCAUAUUGUACCCGGCGGGGCGGCGGACUUGGACGGCCGCCUGCAGACCGGCGACGAAAUCGUGUUUGUGGACAGCCAGAAUGUGCUCCAUGCCUCCCACCACCACGUGGUGCAGCUCAUGGGCAGUGCCGCCCUCAACGGGUGCGUCUCCCUCGGGCUGCGCAGGAAGGCACGCUCCUUGGUGGACUCUCCACACCGGACCAACAACUGCGAGGUGACGUACCCGUACAACGUGACCGUCAUGCGGCACGAGAACGAGGGCUUCGGCUUCGUCAUCAUCUCCUCGGUGGGCAAGGCAGGCUCCACGAUAGGGCGCAUCAUUGAGAACAGCCCCGCCGAGCGCUGUGGCCAGCUGCACGUGGGGGACCGCAUCCUGGCGGUGAACGGGAUCAGCAUCCUGGACAUGCACCACGGGGAGAUUGUGAACCUCAUCAAGGUGUCCGGCCUCUCCGUGGUCCUCACCAUCGGGCCCCCGCUAGAUGACACAUCUAGCAAUGCCUCAGUAUCACAAAGGGGAGAAGACAUGGGUGCCGCGGUGCGGGGCGAACCCCUCGACUGUGGCAGCACCGUGGGGGGCGAGUACCACAGCGUGGAGCUGCAGCGGGGGGUGCGGGGCUUUGGCUUCAGCAUUCGGGGGGGACGCGAGUUCCACAGCAUGCCCCUUUUUGUGCUGAGGAUCGCCGACCAGGGACCCGCCCAUCUCAGCGGGAAGCUGCAGGUGGCUGACCAAAUCCUGGAGGUGAAUGGGAUCGAUACCAAGAACAUGACGCACGCCAACGCCAUCAACGUCAUCCGCCAGGGGGGCAACACUGUGCGGCUGCUGGUCAAGAGGACCUGCAAGGGGCCCUCUCCCCUCGUCGUGGACAGCCCCCAGUCGUUGCUGCACCCCAACAUGUCCGGCAUCCUGAACGGGCCCCUCAGUCAAAGCUCUCCCCGAAGCUCAAGUCUCGUGAACUCGCCUCCCCAGAAGGACUGGUACAACUGGAACAUGGACACGUGACUGAGACAUAACUGGGAAGGCGGGAAAUAGGUUUACCAUUAUGAGUGUGGGCAUCCGAAGCCUGGCUGUUCAACAUCUUUCUCCUCGGCAUCUCAUCUUCUCCACGUUUCAGUGCAGAACACUUUGUGGUAGCUCGGUGCCAUUCCCUCGUUUUAGAAACUUUCGACGGCGCUCCUCGGUCCCAAGAAACACUGGAGUUAAUCUGUUUUCUUUCUUUUUGUUGCUCUAAGUAACUUUGUUUUACGAGCAUUUUGCAGCGGAUGCACUAAACGUGGGGAGCAUUUUUACUAUAAUAACGUCUGUCACUUCGAAAGUGCACAUAACCUGCAAGUGGAGUUAGAUACCAUGGUAGCAAAGGGCAUUGCACGUAGUGGCCUAUCUGUUAUGCACCCUGCACAUGGGGACACUCGGAGGUACCGUACGAGUCUAAGGCGGUCGGAAAAAGGCGGCGCCAUCAAUCGCCCUUUCCGGGCCGUAGCUGCAGUUGCAUUUGACCCGCUGGCAGCUUGUAAAUACAGCUAGCGUGCAAAACGUGGAGGGGUGUUCGCGGUAGAGGAAAGCGUAACAUGCUUUGGGGAUGUGUUUUCCAAAAUGCCUUUCCAUGUUGCUUGUGGAUGCCCGGUUGUUUUCUUGUCGCAGUAUGCUCUAACAGAUGCCGCAAACUAGCGUGCAGAUGUGAAAGCAAAUUAAGCCUUCCAACAAAGUACACCAACUCAACUUUCCGACGUGUGCACACGAACCGUUGACACGGCUCAUGUGCAGACGCUUCACCUCGUGCGAAUCUGGUUUCCGCGCAUGUGUGGGCAAACCCGGGUUUGUUUGUAAACGGUGUGUCGGUGUAUUGGCUUCUUAUCGUUAUCUCGUCAGGAUUGCCUCUGGCAGUGUUCUUUGCCUAAUGAGCUUCAUGGAUAGAGCAAUUAAGGUGUCUCUUUAACCAGGUCUGAUGUGGGAAAGAACUUUCGAUACUCAGUUUAGUGUCUAGUGCUUUCAGAGAACAGUGUUUAGGAGGUACCGCGGAGUUCCGUCCUUUGAUGAAAGUGCAGCUAUGUGCAACAUGCUCCUGCUAUUCUCUUGCCAAGGGUACCAAUGAGCUAUGGCAGCUCGAUCUCUGGGCUCUUACGGUGACAAUGAAGGAUCUAACGGCAAUAUGCCCAAAAACUAACUAAUGCAGCUUUUCCCCAACUAGACUGAGGCUAAGGCUCGUGAUUUUUUUUAUUUUUAAAAUUAUUUUAUUCUAUCGCGAAAGAGCCGGUCAAAUCAGAGGCAUGCGCCUUUUAUUUUGUGCAGCUCCUCUGUCAUGAAUGUAAACAAGGUUGUUGCAGCGAGACUGGCGUUCAUCCUCGAGCCAGUAUUUUAUUGUCCGUCAUUACACCGUUAACUGUUGCUGUAUGUGUGCAAAGGGGAACGUUUGCUGUAAAGACCCCCUUAAUUAAGUUUGUGGUUGUAAAAGUUCCUCGUUGCAUUCCCGCAGGUCCACAGCUGCAUAUCAUUGUUACGGGGUGUGGCAUUCCUCGACAGUAUUUAAAUUUCCGCGUUAUUUAUGGUUGCCGCGCUGCCAUGCUUUCGCUCGUGAAAUUUUGUGGUGUCAUUCCCCAGAUUACUUGACUGGUAGGCAAGUUGCAAAAGCAAGCCUCAGAGAUAGGCUGUACAGGCACAAACUGUUUCAUGUGUUGAGAGAACUUCUACCUACACGGAAGUUAUUCCAGAUUAAACAAAGGCCGGUUUAGUUAACAAUAUUAACGAUGUGAAGCGAAUUCUAUACUCUCAUAUAUGUUGGUUUGAAAGUACAGGAAGCAAUUGUAGAAAAUUGCAUGUUACUGUAUUCGUUGCAGGGGUAUUGUUAACAUUCAGUGCGAGAGAAGCUUUGUUUAGUACAUAUUUGAACAGAGCCGUCUCCAGCUUUUUUCAUGCUGCGACCUAUUAUCACGAGUUGGAAGAUACAGGUGCAAAGAGUCUAAAAAUGUGCGCUGGAAGUUCGGUCGGGAAGAAAUAUGUACUCGAGCAAUUUGGUAGAACAAGGUUCAUAAAGAUAAGCAAACAUUGCUAGUAAUUCAAACAUUGCUAGUAAUUCUAUCUUUUAAACAAGAUGUCUGUUGAGACUAGAAAAAUAUUUUCCAAGUGCCUCUCGUGCCCAUACGUGAAGUCUUGCAAAUACUGCCAGUCGUGGCAUGAUACAGCUGCGUUAUUCGCGAGCGAGAUUUUAAGAGUUCGGUAUGUACACUUGCCAGCAUGCCUCUAAAGCUUUUCUUGUUGUUUUCUAUUUUUUUUUUCAUGCACAUCCUCAUCACUUUGUCUUAUCAUGUUUCUUUUUCUGGCUGCAGAGAGCCUGGUCAUUUGUGACAGAUUUCACUCUUUGUACAUUCUUUGACAACCCUGAGUAUUUUAAUUUUUCUAUACAUACAAUUUUACUUUAUUUUUUAAAGUAUGUUCUAUAGGUGGCGAUGAUAUUCUGUCUGAAGGAGCAAAAAACGGGAGCAAGAUUGGCACGUUGUGUAUGGUACGGGUUGGUGGGCGAGGUUCGGGUUUCAAGGGCUGCGUGUUCUUGAGUGCGUGCCAUUACAAGGUGUCUGCUGUAAUAUUGAAGGACGAGCCCCCGAGAAUAAAUUCUAUCUGAACUAUGGA